AUGCCCGACCCCGCAAUCCAGGAGGGGUCAGACGACGAGAAGCUGCACGACGUCUACCAGCUUCUGGAGGCAGCGAAGAAGUAUGAGGUUGCGCGGGCAGUGGAGUUCGCGAAGCGACAGUGUGUCGCCUCGAUCGCUGCAUGCCCUGUACGGCUGUAUCUUGCCGCGUUGCAUAACGGGUGGGAGGACGCAAUGAAAGAAGCUGCGUGGCGCUCCGUGUACGAGGUAUCGGACAAGUACGUGCCCGAGAUGGCGACGGUGCCUGCGACGAUCUACCGCCGGCUGCUCGUCUAUCGUCAGAAAUGCCGACAGAUCAUUAACGCUCGUCGAGAUAUCAGCAAAUUAUCAGCGCCGAAUGAAAAGGAUGCGUCCGAUGACUCGUACUGGGGCAAGGACAGCUGGUUGGGGGGACCGGGGGAGUCGGAGGCCCGCUUUUGGUUGAACAUCCAUAGGUUCGUUCAGGAAGAGGCAGUGGCAGGACGGCAGCUUAACCUGCAGCCGGAUGUGGUCUUCCCGAUAUCUAUCCGAGCUCCGAGCGACAACACAGGUUACGAAGUGGUGACCACGACGCCAAAGCACAGUCGCGGUCGCGGUGACUUUCUCUCCAGUCGCGUGUACAGCUAUCAGGUGCCAGUCCCGACUCCAAACCCUUGGAUUGCCAAUAGGCAGACAGCGAUAGACAUCGCAAAGGCACUCGCCAAGGUCGAGCUAUGA